AUGACAUUGUACCUCCUACGCUACCAACCGGAGAAGUUAAAAGUUCUAGCUAUUGAAACAGACCAACCACCAGACAAUCAGCCAAAGAUGUCCAAGACACAUUCAACGGCAUUGCAACCGAACCAACCGAAUGAGCCCAUCCCCAAACCUCCAACCAAUCCCACCUCUAACACCCCAGGCAAACUGAAACCCGCGAGAGCUGCCGAACGAAUGAUCCCAAGAGGCAGACCUAUGUCUGACGAUGAUGAAGACCACGCGAGAGGGCCAACCGGCAGAGGUUUCGUCAAGAACGGAAUUGAAUUUGCAGACGGCGUGGUUCCCAGUCAUCACAUGGCCCAGCUGACAGUUUUCUGGGAUAACCAAAUUUGGAAGGUGAAAGGUUACGUACCAGUCUCAAUGUUCAACAGAGCCUGGCUAGAAGCAAACCGGGAAGUUGAAGGAAAGAAGUCCAAGAAGAAGAAGAAAGAAAAUGACUCAGAUUCAGAAGACGAGACUUACGAAGGCCUCACUUACCCUGCCAAACUACGUCUAAGCUACGGAGACUGGGUGACAUGUUUCAACUUGAUGCUUGAAUACUUGAGGAAUUGGUUUGAAUUUCAUCGCCUAGCAACUAAAUUUGAAAGACACAAAAAGAACGUUGAAGAAAUCAAAAGUGAAAACGACGACAACUGGAUGGUUGCACUCCAAUACGAUAUCCUUGUACGCCGCCAGAUUUGGACGAUCAGAGUAGAAGGUGGAAAAGUCGGAGACCCAGAUGAGCGUAGAAACGAUCAUAGAGAUGACUAUAGAACUGAUAGUCGGUCGUCAAAUCAUGUUAAACCCCAAACAAAGGGUAACAAUAACAACACCAAGAGGAACCAAAAGGCAUUGUGCUAUCAUGGUCCAGCAACCAGAAGUUCCCAGAUCUGUCCAGAUCAAGUGCCUACGCUGGCUAUGAACUCCACAUCGCGCCCCAACCCAGCUCUUACCACUGACCGUUUCCAAGCCAGUGCCAGAAAAUGA